UUCGGUCUUGUCAAAUCUAUCAGAUGAGGGACUAGAGAAACUAUUAGACCUGUACAACAAGGUGUGGGAAGAGGGAGCCCUCCCUGAGCCCUGGAAAGUAGCAAAGCUGGUGCUAAUACCCAAGCACAACAAGCCGCCGGACCUGGAACACCUCAGGCCAAUUUCCAUCACCUCGUGUGUAUGUAAACUCCUUGAACAUAUGAUCCUAAGGAGAUGGCAAGCGUUCUUGGAAAGCAAAGGGUACUUUCCGAGCUCAAUGAUCGGCUUCCGCGAGGGUCUGGGUGCACAAGAUGCCAUGCUCAUCAUAAAACACGAGGUGGUGGAAAGCAAGAAGCCCGGGGUGAUUCUAGGUCUGGAUCUAAAAAGUGCGUUCGAUCGAGUAACCCAUGAAGCCAUCCUAACCGGAGUUAGCAAGGCGGGGCUAGGGAAUAGAAGUUUUGCCUUCGUAAAGGAUUUCCUGUCUAACAGGAGAGCUAAAUUGGUGGCCGGGGAUCUGGAGGUAGGCGAAGGGAACCUAGGUAAUGCUGGCACACCACAGGGUUCAGUGAUAUCUCCUGUGUUGUUCAACAUAGUGAUGGUGGAUGCAGUACGUGCUCUACGUCGGGAAGGAAUACCACAUGUAGUAUACGCCGAUGACAUUACUAUGUGGUGUCUAGACAAACGACGCGAGGUUGUGAGAGGGACCCUGCAAAGAGGUAUCGAACUGGUGGAAGAAAACUUAGAGGGAACGGGACUGGUGUGUGCACCAGAAAAAUCUGAGUACUUAAUGUGUCAACAACAUCGAAGCUCGUGGAAAGAAGUAUUACUGUACGCGGACGGAGGGUUGAUACCGAAAGUGCCUACGCUUCGGGUGCUGGGUUUGGUGUUACAAGAAAAGGCGGGCAACUCCGCCAUGCUAGACAGGCUGAGGGCAAAGGUCCUGGCAGCCAUGCGAUUAAUACAGAGGGUCUCCAGUAGGAGACGAGGCAUCAGAGAAGAGGGAGUGUUGAGGCUAGUCCAGGCUUUUGCCCUCAGCCAUAUCAUGUAUGUAGGGCCAUAUCUCAAAUGGUGGAAGGCCGAGCUAAACAAGCUGGAUGCGAUGGUGCGGAAAGCUUGCAGAGCCGGUUUGGGGGUGCUCUCUUUCACGCAUAACGCCGACCUGGACGCCCUUGGGGUGCAUAACUCGGUGACCGAGAUGAUUGAGGCACACCGAGAAGCUCAGGAGUUAAGGCUUGCCGGUACUGCGGCUGGACGAGAAAUUCUCGCCCGAGUCGGCGUAAGUCGUGGAAACACCGGACUAGCUGAGUUACCCAAUGAGACCAUGAGAUGUGUGAAAGUGCGCCCGAUCCCGAGACACAUGCACCCCACGAGGGACGCUGGGCGUCGUGCGGCCAGAGCGCAAGCUCUGGAGCGACUGUUCUUGAAAUCUGGAGGAGCGGUCUGUGUUGAUGCAGCUGUACGUGAUGGAGUUGGGGUGGCGGUUGUCACGGAUCUGGCCACCGGGGAAAUCAAGACGGCCCUGAGUGUUAGGGGCGGAGAUGUUUGUGUAACAGAAGGAAUUGCCAUAAGCCUAGCGGUUUCCCUGCCAGGAGUUAAAGCAGUGCUAAGCGAUUCGAUGACUGCGGUGAGGGGGUACGCGCGCGGUCGUGUUCCGCCUCUAGUCGCCAAGCUGUGCAAACCUCGUAACGAGGUGGAAGUGGUGUGGACCCCUGCGCACAUGGGCGGCAAUGUCGCUCCUGACCGAAUGGCCCGAGAGUUAUUAGGCCGGGCUUUCGGUGGGGCGGCGGUGUUCGCUCCGGUGGGCUACGGGGAAGUAUUACGAGCGAAACGAGAAGCGCGGCGGGUGUAUCCCCCUCCGCACGAGAACCUAAGCAGAGAGGAAGCCGUCCUUCUAAGGCAGCUUCAAGUGAAAUGCAUCUUCACGCCGGUGUUGGGCCGGUAUGUGGCUCCGGACGUGUACAGAACGGAUGCGUGUGUUAUAUGUGGGGAAAAGGCUACGGUCAUGCACGUGUUGUGGGACUGCAGUCCGGUAGGCGCGCCUGGAACGUUGCCUGAGAUGUUGGACGCCGGAGUCAAGGAUACGACACUGGAAGGACAGCGAAGGGCCGUUCAGAAGGCUCGGGAACUGAGGGACAGGCAGGUCCGCAACCGGGCCCCCUGCACCCUUACCCCGGGUGGGGCUUUCGGCCUCCCCUAGCCAGAUGGGCUAGCUUUUGAAGACAAAUAAAGACGUUUAU